AUACUGCAGAUGCGUCUUUAGCCAAUAAGAUAGAUCUGCUGGAGAACAGAUUGCCAUUUCAGUGUGUACAGCAGCAAGUGCGUUGAAGAUCCAUUCAGCGUCUUUUCAAAGUGUCAGAAUGUCUCACACCAUAUUGCUCGUACAGCCGAACACCCGUCCGGAGACCAGAACCUACUCGGAUUAUGACUCUGUCACAGAGUGUCUGGAAGGGGUAUGUAAGAUCUAUGAAGAACAUUUAAAGAGGCUAAACCCAGAUUGCCCCUCCAUAACAUAUGACAUCAGCCAGUUAUUUGACUUCAUUGACCAGCUCACAGACCUUUGCUGUUUGGUAUAUCAGAAAUCCCUUGGAACAUAUGUGCCCCAUAACAAGGACUGGCUGAAAGAGAAAAUCUACAUCAUGCUGAGGAAACAGGCAGGAAAAGUGUGAGCUGGGAAAUAGUACAGAAGUGUGCCAGGAAAAGACUAGGAAAAGUUAGAUUCAUGGGAAUCAUUCUCAUCAUCACUUAUUGUCUUCUGGUGAAACUAGGCUGGACAUUCAAGUUGCCUCCCCUGUCAACCAUCAAAGCUUGAAAAAUUGCUUUUCCACAUGCCUCAUUUUUUGACAUACAACUCGUAAAGCUGUUUCCCUAUUGAACUUUUUUAUGUUAAAAUUUGAAAGAUGCAUUCAUCAGCAGGCUAUUCUCGACUUCUGAACUGGCUUUAAGCGAGUCAUUUUGAGAUGGUGUACUUAAUUCAUGGCUUCUUGCGGUGCGAUACGCCAGUUUUACGUCUGUGUGUUGAACUGAAGAUGUCACCGUGGUUGUGUUUGAUUGAUUAGCAGCUCCUGUAUACUCAUUGCGCACUAUACCAUGCAAGCUCUUGUUUAAUUCCAAAAGUCCAGCUUUUGUAGUGAUCUCAAAGGGUUGGUCAGUAAUUUCCAGUAAUAAUAAAACCAUUUAUUGGUGUUAGUAAAUUGUAAUUUUAGCUUGAUGCAAUUUGGCAUUUUUUCGGGGGGGGGGGGGGAUAAUACCUUAUAUAGAGCUUAUAUUUUCAGUUUGUCUAUGUCAGAUUGUGUUUCAUCUGUUCAUCACAUGUAGAUAACCAGUGUUCAACAGGUCUGUAGAAAAUUAAGUUUUCAAUCUAUGUAAGUUAGCAUGUUAAGAUGUUAAAUGCCAUAGUUUAUUUUUACCGGUAACUUUGGUUUUAUUGUAUUACUUUGAUAGAGGGUAUGUCUGUAGCAAUUAUGUAUAUAGCCUAGUGUCAUGUUCAUCCAUCAUACAUGCAUAACUUUGUCACCUUUGUUUAUAAAAAAUGACUAAAUAAAAUUAAGGAUUUAAUAAAGUA